AUGGGGGCGGGCAAGGCGUCUUUGGUCAGGAGUCUCAUUAAAGAAAAUAAUGUGGGGUUUUUGGCACUACAAGAAACACAACUAUGCAAUAUGUCGGAAGAAAAAAUUCGGAAAUUCUGGAAUGGUUCGGCAAUGGAAUAUGUAAAGAAGGACGCAGUUGGAAGAUCAGGUGGGAUUCUCUCAAUCUGGAACCCAGGGGAUUUGAUUGGGGAAGGGUUGGAGAUAACUGUGGUUAACGUAUAUGCUCCUAACAUCGGUACGGAAAGAAGGAGGCUCUGGGACAGAUUGUUAUAUGUAAUGAAUAACAUACAUGGGUUGUGCCUUUUAAUCGGUGAUUUCAAUGAAGUUCGGGUUCCAGAAGACACAUUGAAUUCCAACUUUGAUUGCUGUAAUGCUUUACAUUUCAACAACUUUAUUAGUACAGCAGGGUUACUAGAAUAUCCGAUGUCGGGGAGGAGGUACACCUUUCUAUCGGGUGACGGGAAGAAAAUGAGUAAGAUUGACAGGGCUUUAGUCUCAAGUGAAUUCAUGUCUAAAUGGCCGAACGCAUCACUAAGAGCUUUAGAGAGACUGGACAUCUCGGGGUUGGAUGAGGUGGUGAGAACAGGUCUUGAGUAUCAAACAGUCGGAAAUUUCAAGGACUUGAUUCUCAGUUCAAAACUAAAGGCUAUUAAGGACGAAGUCAAAAAGUGGAGGAAAACUACUAGAGAAGCGGAGGAGAAGGAUUUCGCUAAAGCCACCAAUCAUAUAAAAGUGUUCGAUGCAGCAGCGGAAGAGAGAGCUGGAGGAAAGUGA